GCGACCUGCUCAUGGACCUGGCCCCGGGUCCAGCCCAGGAGGACGCCUGCCCCGCGGCGCCCAGCGCCAACGUGAAGGAGAUCCUGUGCCAGCUCAAGGACCGGCAGUACCGGAAGCUGGUCGAGCCCCUGCUGUCGGACGAGGGGUACCUGGCACCGCACCCCGAGGAGGAGAGCCCGCUCUGGUGCGGCCUCAGACCCAGGCACGAGCCGCCCCGACCCGACAUGCUCCUGUCGCAGCUUCGCCCGCCGGCACAGGUGGGCAGAGCCCGCUCGGAGCCGGCCUGGCCCAAGCAGAGCCGGGAGCAGAGAUGGCGACCGAAGCUGGUGGAGGUGCACGAACUCCCGCAGCUGAGCUGGGAAGCCCUGGGCCGGCCCCCGAUGGAGCCAGGAGAGAUGACGGAGACGGAGACGGAGCCGGAGACAGGGCCACAGAUGAGCGCUCGCCCGGCUCGCGUCACGGCUCGCGUCACGGGGCCGCCCUCUCCGGACCUGGAGGAGGCCCGGGGGUGUGAGCGCAGCACCGCCGCCCCGCCGGCCGCCAGCAGCGAGGAGGAGGACGACAAUGACAGCACGCCUAGUCAGAUGAUCCGUGACCUUGAAGAGCAAAUUUUGGAGCAAAACAAGUCGCACAAGCAGUUCCUCGAGCAAGCCAGGAGGCGCCUGCAGGAGUUUCAGAGCAUGUGUUAGCGCCGCCCGGUCAAUACAGCACCGACCUCCGGGUGUGACGCCCAGACA